UUUUAUUUUCAUAUUGGGCAGCAUGAGCCCACUGAUUGGCGGGUCUUUUGAUUUUGAUUUUCGACAUUUGAAUCGAGCAAGAACAUAGCCAUAGAUUUGAAUUUGAGAACGGAAACUAUGGCGAAGGCGAGCUCAGAGCCGAAGAUUGAUUACGCAGAAAUCUACACAGCAUCCGAUACCUUUGACGGCUCCGCCGUCUUUCACACUAUCUACGACGUCGUAGGGUUCGUCCUCUACAUGCACCAGCAAAUCCCCUCCACGGUGCAGGAUAUGAGCGUCGAAUUUGACGCAAUGCAUUCGGAAUACAAGCAACUGGAGAUGGAGUUGGGAACUGAGGUGAAGCCAUCGUUUCGGAGGAAGCACGUUAGCAAAAUGAGGGAUAUCAAGGUGGGAAUCAAGAGAUUAGAUAAGUUGAUGAAUUCACUCUUGAAUGUGCAAACCGCGUUUAAAAUUAUGAUCAGCGAGAUUCCAACCAUAGACGGUGUCGUUUUGGCGCUCGGAGCUAGCCCACUUCGACCAAAGCAUAUUUAUGUCUUGAAUUUUUCCCAUGAAAGUGGUGUUUCCAAGGUUGAUGAUGAUUUUGCAAGGAGUAAAGCGGCUGACACUCUUUCGAGAAAGGCCAUUCGGACAUUGAUAUCAAAGGAUGCUGGCUCUGUGACCUAUCCUGGUCCUAUCAAAUUGUUUGUGUUAAUAAAGGCCCCUUCUUCUUUCAAUCAGCCUAUGCAUUUUCUGCCUAAACGUGACUUUAGGUAUAACAGAAAGCUGGCAACUGAACUGCAUUUCUACCAUAGGUUGUGCCUCUCGGGCUACUGUUCAAGUGCCGAAACCAGGAUCAGGAAGUGACUGCUACUACUGAAGAUUUGAUCUGGUUUCAAUGUCGACAUGUGAUAAAAGGCCUUGCAAUGAACCCGAUGCCAGAAGAAUGAAAUCCUCUGUUUCAAAUUAAGAUAUAAGAAAAACAAGUUGUAAAUAUGACUCAUGGUUGAAGCUAAUGUUUCCUUGUUGUAGUUUCAUUAGAUGUGAGCUUGUUAAGCUUGGAUGUCAUUAUUAUAAAACAGUUUGGAUCAAGACUAUGUUAUAAUACAAAUGUUUGCCUGGUAAGAAAUA